AUGGAUGGUAUAUGCAAAGAGAUAUCUGUAGAUGCAGGAAAAGCAUUUUUAGGUGGAAUGAGAGACACAGGUUUAUUUGACGUUAUAACCUUUAACACUUUAUUGAACAGCUAUUGUGCUGGUGGUCAGGUAGAUAAUGCAUUGAACUUACUUGCAAGUAUGAGGAAGGAAGGGAUUUCUUUCAACAGGGUCACUUUCAAUAUAAUGGUAAACUUCUUCUGCAAGGUUGGAUCAUUCCAGCAGGCAAAGAAACUCGUGAAUGUGAUGCGUGCACAGGGUAUCAAUCCAGAUGGUGUUACAUAUACUACCUUUAUUACAUGUGCAAUGAAGGAGCGUCGUCGAGCUGAGGAAGUCAUUGAACUGCAUGAUUUUCUGGUUCUUCAAGGAGUGAUUCCUGAUACUCAAAUCUACAAAGAGAUCAUCCGUCCUCUACUCCUCUUACAGAAUGAACAUAUGCUGACUUAA